CAAUUACGUCCUUGCACACAAAACAUACUAACUGAGUUGAGUUGAGUUGAGUAAAACACCGAGUUUUAGAGAGAGAAAAAAUGUAUAAACUCGACGGUAGAGGAGGUUGUUGUAUAGCCAGAUAUCCAGGUGGUAAUACAUACGAUAUGUCGAAAGUGAACCGGAUAAUGUUACGGUUCAGACCAAUCGCUCCUAAACCGACCACCGGUGGUUCAGUUUCGCCAACGGAAAGCAGCGGCGAGACUUUUGCUAGGACUGGUAGAGGCAAAAGAAAAUAUUCCAGAGAAAACAAUAGCAACAACAACACAAACAAACGGUGUAAUAGUAACAGAAAAAGAAAAGUUCUUAGUGAAGGAAAAAGCGACUCCGUUGUUACUUUGCCACUGUUACCUGACUCUCCGGCGAGAUCGUCGCAGGUGGGGCCUCAAGAUAAGGAAGUACGUAACUUGAAGGUGCCGAUGUGGCUUAGCUUUGAUAAAAGUGGUCAGUGUAAGGAUCAGCUGGUGGUAUCCGGUGGGUUUGGUGGCUCAGCAGAUCGGGCGGUAGUGAUGAUGCCUCAGGCAAUGAAGGUGGCGGGAUCGUGUGCGACGGUGGAAUGUGUGACGGAUACAUGGGUGGAUGGGGAUGGAUUAGGUAGUACGGACGAGGAGAGGAGAAUGAAUCUGGGGAGGGACACGUGUCCCGGGUUUAUAUCUGAUCAGUUUGGUAGAGUCAUAUGGGCCAAUGAAGCUUACAAGAAGAUGGUGGGCCAGGAAGAAGGCGAAGAGAUGGUGGUAUGGUUGGUGAUGAAAGUGCCGAUGACGGUGACACUGACGUACCAGGCUUUCAGUUGCAGGGUGAGGCUACAAUACACGUUUGGUAAAGAGAAGAACUCGCUAACUCUACCGUGUGACGUUUGGCGAAUGGACGCUGGUGGUUUUGCAUGGAGACUGGACGUCAAGGCAGCUCUGUGUUUGGGUCGGUAAAUGAAAAGUUAACCGUCUGAUCUGAGCUGAUCUAGGCUUUAACAUUUGACGUAGUAACCCUCUCAGUACCUUUACCUUUAAUAAUUGUAAAUAUGUAUGGGUUUCUCAUCUGAUGGAUGUUUGGUUUUGUGAACUUAAUUUCGACUGUUUUUGCACGCAGUUAUUAUC